CCGAUAAAAAUCUGGCGGACCAUGCCACCGAUCAUGAGAAAGUCCGUUGUUGGCGGGCCUCUUUUAGGGGAUCGUGAGAAUGCGAAUCGCGGAAAGGAAGCUCAGUCAUCCAGUGUAACUUUUGAGCCUUUGGUUUCCGAUGUUUUAGACGAAAAUAAGUCCGAGCGAUUCGUGUUGCUACCGAAUUCUCGUUACGUGUCAGUACUCUCGUUCAGAACAGGAAAGCGGAUCGGCACACUCAUACCAGGGGAACACGCCGAUGACUUACUCAUUAUUGAAAGCACUGCUUUGGCUCUGUAUCCACAACCGACCCAGACGGUGAAGGAUAUCAUGUCUGACUCGAAUCGAACAAGUGGAGAAAAUGCAUUUCGUCACGUUCUUCUUUUAGGCUGUCGAGACGGAACCAUUCGCGAGUUCCAACUAGCAGCACUUCUUGAUUCAGAUGCGAAGAAAUCAGUUUCCCAGAAAUUAGGAGACUUUUAUUUCGAUGGUCCUGUUUUUCGGCCCCAUCGAGUCUUUCAAUUAUCGGAAGACUUCCCCGUUAUCAAACAAUUGUCGGUUCCCAAGUUGUCCUCCGGCGGCAACGCUACUGACGGAAUAUUUGUUUACGCGAUUGUGGAAGAAGGACCGAAAGGAGGAACAUCAUCAUCAUCAUUGUCAAAAAUACACGGAUCAGUACUUCGAUUGUUUCUACCAUGGCCUAUAGCGUUGGAUGUUGUCACGGGAUCCAUUACCAUCAAAGAUGAUACAGCUGUCUUUCAAAUCGACAGGGUUAAGCACGCUUUCAAAAAGUCCAAAAGUUAUGCUGGGCCUUUACGUCUUUUGUCGAUCCCCAGUCGGCAGAAGGGAGCAAAUCUUGUUUUGGUGGCACGCAGAACGUCUCUAUGCGUAUACCAUGAUCAGGUGAACAACAACAGAAAGCUAUCUCCAGCUGAAUUCACUAUUCCUUCCAGCGAUGCCAUAACAGCAAUUGCAGUUUCACCAAAUGGAAAAGACAUUGCUUGUGGCUACUAUUCUGGAGAAAUCAGGGUCAUGGAAAACUUGCUGGCGCUUGCUGAGGAGUAUUGCAUCUUGAAGGAACGCUACAAGACAGGAUCGGACGAAAGCGGCUCUGUUAGUUUGGAGAAGCCAACGCAUCCUUCCAAAACUAUGGUAUCGCGAAAGCUGCAUUGGCACGCACAUUCAGUUUCUUCGCUCUCAUACGACGCUGUCAAUUCAGCCGCAGAGCCAAUGCUGUACAGUGGAGGCGAGGAGAGCGUUUUGAUUACAUGGCAGCUCUCGCGAGGAACUUAUCGACCAGCCGAUGUACUACCCAGAAUUGCACUUGGAGGAAUUGUCCACUUACUCUGUAUCGAGCAGUCGGGGCAGGCGAAUGGAAUUCUUGUCUACAGCUCUGACAACGCGUUGCACCUGUUUGAGUUACAUAAUCGCUCUCAGUGUUGGAAGGUUCAAGGGUUGGCCGUUUCGCCAGGACGGGCAAUCAUACCAUCCUCUCCAAGAAUGAGCAUCAAUCCCCAGAAUCCUGAAAAAAUCGUUUUGGCCAGCCUUGGCGGAGCUCCAGGAUACAUUCAUUGGUAUGAUCCGGAUGCACAACAAGUAUCGAAGGUAUUGGAAGUUGCUCCUUACAAUCGAGUGAGCAGAACAGAAAAAGGCGACAGUCCAAUGCCUUCACCUUCAAUCUCCCAUUCUCACUUUUCUGAAACAGGAGCUGAUCUAAUAACGGUCGACACUGCACCGACAGAAAAUGCAUGCGUAGGAGCUGAGCAGCGACUGCCUGAUGGAUCUUCCGUUGGUGUCGUUACCACACUUAGGUUUUGGAAGGAGUCUACAGGAUCAAAGCCGUAUGAAGUUGUUGCCGCAAUGACCCAUCCUCACGGAAUUAGAAAUCGCGUUUCAGCAGUCACUCUUUCAUGUGACGGAAAGUAUGCUUGCACUGCAAGUGCAGACGAAAACGCUUUCCGCAUGUGGCGACAACUCUCGCUAGAAACCAGACAGGCAAACGAGAAUCGAAUGCCAUCAUGGUUGUGUGAAUGCAAAAUUACAAAUCCUUCCGGCUAUUCAAACUUUGCAACAGGUCCGAAUGCAAUGAGCUUUUCAAAGGAUUCAAGUAUCCUUGCCAUCGGAUAUGGCAACACCAUCACAUUAUGGGACCAUUCCGAAGUCACAUUUCUUUCAUCCCUUACUCAUCUGGAUACUGUUGGCGAAGUAAUACAGUCAAUUGACUUUCUUCGAUCGAGAAAGCUUCAUGACAUGGUGUUAUCGGUGUCAAAAUCAGGCGUCACUUUGCAAUCGCCAUUUGGUGUCAACGGCCCGAGAAAUUUGGGUUGGUCAUGGGCGGUGACCAAACCGAUCCGAAGCACGUCAGAAAUUACAGAUUCUCUCUAUUUGACCGGGGCAGAUAUUGUUCUUCUUGCUCUUCACGAAAAUGAGUCAGAUGAGUCUAGAGUUAUCUCAAUCGACGCUUUGACGGGCAAACAAAGCAAAAUUUACGCCCAGAGAAUUUCCGGUAAGGUUGUAUCUAUGUCUGCCAACGAGCCAUUAUCGUCAAGGUCGAAUUGGGGAAGCAAGCCAAGAGAUUUACCAAUUUCUUUAUUUAUCCUAACGGAAGGAGACAAACUCCUACGAAUACAGCAAGAGUCUUUUGAAGUUGCUACAGAGGCGAAUAUGGAGCAAGACUUCACGUUCAACCUUGCUCCGACCUUGCCACUUUUGGGGAGCGUUGAUGCAAAAAAUGUUAAGCGAACGCGGACAUUACUCUCCAGGGCAGAUCUUGAGGAACCCGUCCCGAAAAAGCUUGCGCUCGACAAGUUCGGAAGUUCAGUAGGGGAACUUUCUAGAUUGGCGUCGACAGAGUUGCCGAAGCUUGGAGGUGCAUUUUCGAGAGCAUUUGUUGCACGUCAUUUACGUACCCCAGCAAGGUGACUGUUAGGAACAGGAUGACUACAUCGAGAUUAUCGACGUAAACAAGCGUUAACAGUAAAAAAACACAACCCUGGCAUUUUUUACUGCCAAAAUAAAAACAGUCUCAUUGUAAAAAUCGUUACGACAUCAUCGUCUGACGUAAUUGGAUCAGCCGUGAUGCGUCGUUGAGAAACACGAAUAAAAGCAAGAAACGGCAAAAGAAGCUGCUAACAGAAAGAAUUGACUCGUAGAAGCGGCAGCGAAAAUAAGAGUAGUACUUCGGCGUUGAACGAACCAUCCUACAAAGAGAGAACAUCAGCAAAUAUAGCACUAUGCUUUUCAAGAGGCAGAAAAAAGAAGAAGAUGUGUUAUCGGAGAAAGCAAGUAACAGUCAGGAAAGGGGUUCCACGAAUGGCCGUGCUACAAAACGGCAAAUUGGUGGCGCAGCCACUUUGGGGUGUG